GAAAGUACGGGUGAAGUAAUCUUCGACAACAGUUUACUCAUUAUAACUGACAGUAAAUAUAUUGCGAGUAAUGAUAACUGUAUGACAGCCACCGAUGACCCGAAGGACAGGUCUGUGGCCGACGCGAAGGUGGAGGACAUGGAGGCCGGCGCUGAAGAGGAGGACAAGUUUGAGUGCGAGUGUAGGUUAGGUCCCAAUGAGAGCGCCUGUUAUACACAGUUCGCCAGACAGACAAUGAUUGACCACAGAAUCGAUUACCAGAGUUGCGAUUAUUGGGACGACGACUGCUAUAACCUAUUGAACGAACGCAUCAUUGCUAUCAUGUCUAUACUAAUCAACAGUUCCGCAGAGUUGCAGACGUCUGGCGGCCAUAAGAAGCAGAAGAAACGGCUGAAGACUUCUGUGAAGUUCCAGUGGAGGGGACGGCCGGUGUGUAAAGCGCUGUUCCUCUUCGUUCACGCCGUCUCUAAGCCGAAGUGGACUUACCUUAAGAAACGGUACCUCCAGUACGGAGUGGAGCCGCGACAGCACCAAAAUAAGAUCAAACCCAUCAAUAAUAACGCCAUUACCGGCGAUGAACGCAAAGCGAUUGUCCAUUUCAUCCGAGAGUACGGCCACCAAAACGCCCGCAACCCUAACGCCCCGUCAGACCACUGGGUGCUCACCGCCGAGCACUCCGUCAAAUCCAUUUACAGACACUUUUUGGACAAUUAUAGCGAACGACGGAUCAGUUACGAGACGUUC